AUGUUCUACUUAGUAUUGAUAGCAUUUCUACUGUGUGUGUUAGCACUAUACUUGAACUAUGUAAACUCUACCUUCAAUCAAUAUGGCAUCAAACAUGAUGCUACUAUCCCAUUGAUUGGUCCUAUCAUCAAACUGCUGAAGGCCAAAGAACAUAUAGGCCAAGACCUCAAAAAUUUAUAUGACAAAUAUCCUGAAGAAAGGUUUUUGGGUCGAAUCGAAUUGAUGAAGGACUCCAUCGUGAUUCGAGACAUUGAACUCUUGAAGAAGAUCACAAUCAAGGACUCUGAACACUUCCUCGAUCACACUUCCAAUGGAUUCGAGUCCUUGUUCGAGAGGAGUCUGUUUUUUAUGCAAGGCCAAGAAUGGAAGGACAUGCGCUCCACGUUGAGUCCAGCGUUCACAAGCUCAAAGAUACGUCUAAUGGUGCCUUUCAUGGUGGAGGUCGGGGACCAGAUGAUGUCUUCUCUUAAGAACCAGAUAAAUGAAUCAAAAGAUGGUUAUAUAGACGUGGACUGUAAGGACCUCACAACACGUUACGCCAAUGAUGUGAUAGCGACCUGCGCCUUUGGUCUGAAGGUGGACUCUCAUACUGACAAGAACAAUGACUUCUACGCAACUGGCAAGUCCGCGUUUGAGUUUAAAUUACAUCUGCUGUUGGUGUUCUUUCUUAUAUCUAAAGUUCCUUAUCUGCAACAGGCCUUAGACUGGAGUGUCUUACCUAAGAAGACCCAGGAUUAUUUUAUAAAUCUGUUUAUGAGCACCAUGAAGGAGCGAGAAUUGAAGAAAAUCGUCCGACCUGAUAUGAUCCACUUGCUUAUGGAAGCUAAUAAAGGAAAAUUGUCUCAUGAAGAAGUCAAGUCUACUGACACUGCAGCUGGAUUUGCAACUGUCGAAGAAUCAUCGUAUGGCCAGAAAUCUAUGAACAGAGUGUGGAAAGAUGAGGAUCUUGUUGCUCAAGCAUUCUUAUUCUUCGUCGCUGGCUUUGAAACUGUUUCAUCCAGUAUGUGCUUCAUAAUGCAUGAGUUGGCUGUACACCCUGACGUGCAGGACCGUCUGGUGCAGGAGAUCAAGGAACAUGAUGCCAAGAACGGUGGCAAAUUCACCUUCGAUUCUAUACUGAAUAUGAAAUAUAUGGAUAUGGUGGUGUCUGAGGUAUUAAGGCUCUGGCCACCAAAUGUUGUGCUAGAUAGAGUUUGCACCAAAGAUUAUAACAUGGGUAAACCAAAUCUGGCCGCUGAGAAAGAUUUUAUCAUUCGCAAAGGCUCCCCCAUCAUGAUACCUUCAUAUGCCUUCCACCGUGACCCUGAAUUCUUCCCUGAACCAGAGAAGUUUGACCCUGAACGUUUUUCUGAAGAAAAUAAACACAAGAUUAAUCCGAUGUCAUAUAUGCCAUUUGGGGUUGGUCCUAGGAAUUGCAUAGGAUCAAGGUUUGCGCUCUGUGAAUUGAAGGUGAUGUUGUACCAGCUGCUUCGAGAGAUGGAACUGUCUCCAUGUGAGAAGACCUGCAUCCCUGCAAAGUUGGACACUAAGAGUUUCAACAACAGGCUGGUUGGAGGUCAUUGGCUAAGAUUCAAGCCUAGACACUAA